AUGAAUCUCGAGCCGCCCAAAACCGAGAUCAAGUCGGCCACCCGUGUCACCGGGGGCCCCGCCACUCCACGCAAGGGGCCCCCCAAGUUCAAGCAGAGGCAGACCCGUCAGUUCAAGAGCAAGCCUCCAAAGAAGGGAAUCCAGGGCUUUGGUGACGAUAUCCCUGGAAUGGAGGGCUUAGGCACAGACAUCACUGUCAUUUGCCCCUGGGAGGCCUUCAAUCACCUGGAGCUGCAUGAGCUGGCCCAGUACGGCAUCAUCUGAGCCUUCGUGCACCUCCCUGCAAUCCCCUGAGGAUUACAGGCCACAUCCCUGCACUUCAAGCCAUCUGCCUCAGGCUCCGUCUCCUCUCUU